GAGGCUAAUCCUUGGGAAUGCAAAGCCUCCGUUCUUUUCAUUAUCUAACAUCCUCCGUCGGCCCAGCAGCUUCCUAGUCUUCAUUCAACCAGUGAUUCACCGGAGGUAAUCGCUGAUCAGGUUGAACGCAGAGUCACAAUUCAUAAAUCGGAGAAUCUUCAAUUUCACUUUCUUUCCUUCUAACCGAAUUCCCAUAUUCUAAUUGCUUCACCGGCGCUAGCACCGCUCAACCAUGCCCCUUUUCAAAACUCCGUUCAACGGUUACUCCGUCAAGUUCAGUCCCUUCUACGAGAACCGCGUUGCCGUCGCCACCGCUCAGAAUUUCGGCAUCCUUGGAAAUGGUCGCGUUCACGUCCUCGACCUCUCGCCGAAUCCCGGCAUGCCCAUCUCCGAGAUGGUAGCCUACGAUACCGCUGAUGGAGUAUACGACGUCGCUUGGUCUGAAUCUCACGAUUCCGUCUUUGUCGCUGCCAUAGCCGAUGGUUCCGUCAAGCUCUAUGACCUCGCGCUUCCACCUACUGCCAAUCCUAUUCGCUCCUUUCACGAGCAUACACGGGAAGUCCACUCUGCCGAUUACAAUCCAGUGCGGCGCGAUUCCUUCUUGACUUCUUCUUGGGACGACACUGUUAAGCUCUGGACUAUGGAUCGACCUACUAGUGUAAGAACCUUCAAGGAGCACGCUUACUGCGUCUAUUCAUCGGUUUGGAACCCCCGUCACGGCGACAUUUUUGCCUCGGCUUCUGGGGAUUGUACUGUGCGAAUCUGGGAUGUACGUGAACCAGUUUCGACUAUGAUACUUCCGGCGCACGAAUUUGAGAUUCUGGCUUGUGAUUGGAAUAAGUAUGAUGAUUGUAUUAUGGCGACGGCUUCGGUGGAUAAAUCAAUUAAGGUGUGGGAUGUGAGGAACAACCGAGUUCCAAUUACGGUGCUAAAUGGGCAUGGCUAUGCAGUAAGGAGAAUAAAGUUCUCACCUCAUGUGCGGAAUUUGAUGGUUUCUUGUUCGUAUGACAUGACAGUUUGCAUGUGGGAUAUCAUGGUGGAGGAUGCACUUGUGAGUAGAUAUGAUCACCAUAGUGAGUUUGCGGUUGGUGUUGAUAUGAGCGUGCUUGUUGAGGGGCUUAUGGCGAGUACAGGAUGGGACGAGCUUGUCUACGUGUGGCAACAUGGAACAGACCCGAGAGCGGCUUGAAGGGAAGCAUUCGUUCGUUUCGUUUCAGUUUCUUUUCUACAAUGUGAUUUUCAGUUCUCAUGCUAUAGUUUCAUAAUGUUGAAACUUCAGUACUCACUUUUGCAUUAAAGUUGGUCCCAUGCUGUAUCUGUUCUUAAGAGGAACAUGCAUACUUCCCUUUCGCUGGUCAUGAGGAAUGGUGCAUGUUGAGUAAUGCCUUGUAUAUUAAUCAUUAAUCCAUGCACCUUAGGCAUACUUGUUGCUUUCUUUCAAUGAAAGGGAAAAAAUGUUGCUACAAUUGUGUACAUGCCCUUCUCAUCUAUUUUUUGCGCAUAUCUGUAUAAAUUCUAUGUUGGUAAAUUUUUUUCCAUUCCCUGUCUUGCCUCCUAAAAUAGGACAUUUUAUUCUGGCAGGAAUGGUAUGGCUGCGAAGUAUGGAAUAUGAAUCAUCUGUACAGAACUACGUGAUAAUUGAAUAUUAGGUUUUAUAAGUUUAACUUCUAUCAGGUUUACUCGUUAUUGUUUUGAUCUAGCCUAGAACAGUAAAAUGUUUAGAAGCUCGAUUCCCUA